AUGCCAUUGUAUGAUGAUUGGGUCCUUAUAUUUGGGAAAGAUAGGGCAACAAGCGAGUUUGCACAAGGACUAGAGGAAAUGAUCGAAGACAAUUCAGCUGUUGGUGAUGUCCCUGGGGUUGCCAAUGUAGAGGCUCAUCCAAUUGGGAGAACGGAUGACGUUACUCACUCGCAAAGUGUAACUCAGGGCAGGGAGGGUGUGAAUGUCACCCCACAGACACGUAAGACAAAAAAAAAAAAAUCUAGUGAUAUAAGUGAUUUAAUGGCUACAAGUCUUUCCCAGAUAUGUAGGGUAUUUGGUGAUUAUGUUGUUUCAAGCGAGAACCAACUAGCAAGCAUUGCACAUAGAGUAGGCUACGAGCAAGAUGCAUCCACAAGUAAACGUGCCAUCCUAGCAGAGUUGUCAAAAAUAGAUGGCCUCACAAUGGCACACCGACACGAGGCAGCCUACAAAAUUGCUUCAGAUAACAUAAAGUUGACAUUUUCUUUAGCUUGCCCGUGGAAGAGCAAGCACUCUGG